AUGCUAGAGAAUAAUGGCACUCAUCAUGCGGAGGCCCUGUUUGCGCAGUUGGAGCGCAUUUCGCGGAAUCCCGUGCGGCUCUAUCGUCAUCUUCUGCAACGCGCCGUUGCGCAGCUUGACGCUGUCGCGGCUGACGCGGAAACACUGCGUGCGACUGUCCGUCUCCUGCAAAAGCAGCGGCGUCAGCAGGAGAAAUGCAUUUCCCAUCUUCAGCGACAACUGAUGGAUACGCAGGAGGAACGUGGGAGGGCCGCUUCUAGGCACCGCAGAACGGGGACCGCGAAGAACGGACACACCCAUACAACGCCGUUGUUAUCAACAUCAUCACUUUCAUCGCCGUCGUUAUAUUGUGUCCAUGGAGGGCACCUGCAACCAAGACGCCAGAAACAACAGGGGCAGCGGGAGCAGUGCAGCUGUGGGAGGCACUCUACAUUGCGGGAGUUGCGCGGCAAUGGGAAGAAGCGUCACACGUCACACUCCGCCGUUGAACGCACGAGAAAUACUUGCAGGAGUUUGUCACAUUCGCCGAGCCCAACAUCUUUGGAGAGGACGGCGCCGUUGUCCCCAUCGCAACAGUAUGAUGGGAAGGUCCCGUGGCGGACGGUGGGGAAUGACGGGGCGUUGAUUGAACGGGUGCUGGGCGAUGUGUUGCUACUUUUACUGGACGAUGAAGUACCGACGAAUGCCGAUGCCGAUAGGACUGCAGGUGGGCCCGGCCGUCUGUUGCUGGGGAACGCCAAAACAAUGUAUGACUCUGUUAUGUCAUCUGUUCGGAUCCUGAAGAAACGCGAGGGCGCGUUAAAAUGUCAUUUGCGGGAGUUGGAAGAAACGCUACGGCGAGACAAGAAGUUGCGAUUGAAACCCAAUCUUGCAGAGGAGCAGCACGUCUCGUUUGGGGUGCUUCCAAGUGGACAUGAUUCUCAGAACAUUGGGAAUAAUAAUAAUAAUAAUAAUAGUAAUAUUAUUAUUGGAGAUGAUGAUGAUGAUGAUUACUCUAGUCGUCAGGAUGCUUCUAUGAUGAAUACUGCGCCCCCAGCUUACAUGGAUGGCGUUAUGGACUCUCAGCACACUGCGACGCAUCCCAUUAAUUUCUCUUCUCUGUUUUCUGUGGGCCGCGUUGACUCUAAAUCCAGCGAUACCACCACUCGUGUCAUCAAUGCAUGUAUGUAUUCAUCAGCAGAUGCGGACAACAUUUCACAUAACACACAAACCAACUUUUUUCAAACAUAUGAGAAGGAAAAGGACGGCGAUGAUGAUGACGGUGACCGUCUGGAUGAUUUGGCGGGUGAAGAGGAGCUGUUGGAGUAUGCCAAGUGGAAGGACUCGUUUCUACGACAGUAUCUUCCGUCAAAAUAG